AUGGCCGAAUCAAUUGUCACCUCAGUGCCAGACCCCUCAACACUCUCUCCACUCCUCUCCAUCCAAGCCCAUCGCACCAACUCAUCUGCCAGCCUCAUCCAUCUCGAACUCAGGAACCAGCCAUUCACAAUCGACAGAGAAGCGCUUAUGGAACUACCCGAAUCCAUCCUACUCUGUCUAUUCCCGAACGGAGUCGUGCUCAGUCAAAAACAACAACAUCAUCAACAGAACCGCCACGCACGCCAACCAGGCCCAGAUGAGGAAGAGCAUGACGUUUACUAUGUCGACUUCGAUGCGUCGUGUCUAUCGUUCAUCCUCAGCUUUUACACUCAAGCGCGACUGACCUACUAUGGCACUCCAAACCGACCCCUCGAGCCAGUCCAGAUCCAAUCCCAAAUACCUUCGCCACUCUUCUAUCGACAGGCCAUCAUUGUUUUACGCGAAGAACUCGAGUUCUUCGCAAUCCCAACUGCCUCUGACCCACCACUAGCCGAUAAACAGAACGGGAACACCAACCUGCUCUCCGAACUCAAACAGAAAUGUCGGGCUACCUUACUCGAACAACAGAACAUCUUCACCGCCUUGCAACGUAACGUCAAACGCGAAAAUAAUGUGGCUGAGCAACAUCUCAUCGAUAUGCUGUGCAUGAGUGGCUUCACCCGAGAGGAUUCCUGGGGGUAUCGCUCAGCAGAACCGCGUCGCUGCGCGAUCUCCUCACUGGCACUCGUCCUGCUCAAGACUGGGAUCACCCACGAGUCCCAAGGCCAGCUCGCCAUGACCGGACCACCGAACCUCGCUCGGAUGAACCCACAAGUCAACUCGGCCCAACUGACCACAGCUCAGAAGUUGCUCUUGUUCUGGAGGAAACCCGCGCGCAAGUGUUGGUGGGAUGCUACGGUCAUCAAUCUUACCCUGUCAGAUCAACAGCCGCGGGCGGUCAAGUUGUGGGCAAGACGAGUAUGGACCUUAGAGCUUAGUCUAAUCUAG